AUGAAGGGGACACUGGUUGUGCUGGCCUUGCUGGUGACCCAAGAGCUGGGCAUCGAGAUGGUGAAAUCUUGCCCCAUUUUUUAUAUCAUCUUUGGUUCCGUGGCCGGUGGAAGUAAGUCAGAGCUGGACAUCAACCUUGAUCUAGUCAAUGCUACUAAACCGGAAAAAGAAGCCCUUGAAAAAAUCCAGGAUUGCUACAAUGAGAAGGGACUCAAAGCCAAGGCCUUGGAUCUGGAUGUCAUGGUAAUUUCUAUCCUUUCCCCUCAUCCCCACCUUGAGGACACACAUGCUGCAUGUUGUAAAAUUGCACAUACAAACAGACCGCGCAGUCAGGGGCUCUACGGCAGGUAAGAGCUAUAGACAAUCAAGCACGUAAACUUUGCUCCAUCGUAGGGCACAGAGACUGUGCAGCCGCGUGCACAUGCAGCCUCUUCUACCACACACGUCCCUUUCGUGCCA